AUGUCCGACGCCCCCUCCAGCACCGCGUCUGCCUUGCGGCGUCCAUCCACCAGCUCCGAGACAUCCUCCCUCUCGUCGGCCUCGACCGCCUACACCACCUACAAGGAGAAGGAAGGCAAGCCGUUGCUGGACGUCCACGAGCGCAAAGCAAAGAGGGGUCUGCGCCAGAAGGCUCGGGAGAUGGUGCAUGACAUGGGCAGUCCGCCUACCGCGCGACAGGAUGCAAAGGACGGCAAGGUGACGCUCAGUCAUGCUCCCUUGGGCGGCCUCAUAGGCCAGCCCCUGAUGAAGCCGGGCAAAAUCUAA